GGCUGGGGAAGGGAAGAGGAAGGGAUGGGCAUGCGACUGGGCUUUUUGGGGGGAGGAGGGUUCUUUUUCUCCUGGGUGAUUGAUUUGAUUUGAUUUGAUCUGUUCUGACGACUUUGACGGUUUUUGUGCUUGUGGUUGUUCUGUUUGUUGUUUGAUAUACUGUGGAAGAAAGUGCAAUUGCGCAUCGCAUCGCAUCGCAUCGCAUCGGUGACCGAUCUUGGCUUUGGUACUUCGACGAAUCUACGAUACUACAGCGCGCAAACUGCCUAAGAGGAGUUACAGUAUCGUGUAUUCCACACGUUUCGAGCUCGCACUUGUUGCCUGGAGUUGCCAUCUACCAACCUACCUACCAACCUACCCACCUAUCUACUACACACACCACCACGAUGCCAGCGCGGUACGCAGCCGUCGACGCGGCCGACCUGCUCUUUGGGCGAGCGACGACGGUUAGGAAUGGAUAUGCGGCGCGCGAGACUACAACGUGUCGGUUGGGCGAGCAGGAUUGCGGACAGACGGUUAAGCCGUACCAUGCGUGUUGUCCGGGGAAUACGGAGUGUGUGUCUCCGAGGUACAAUGCAUAUUGUUGCGAGCCCGACAAAGACUGCAAAAAACAGCUCACCAAUCUCCCGCAAUGCGCAAACCCAGAACAUGACAUGUACGAUUUCGGCGGCUUCUUCUGCUGCGAGCAAGGGCGGAAAGGAUACGGAAACACGGGCACCGACGGCGACGGGUGCGCUGCCCCAGACUACGUACUCCAAGAAAAGGACGAGUGGUUAACCAUCGCCGUCCCCGGAAUAGCCAUCAAAACCGGCACCUCCAAGACCAGCACCGGCGCCCCCAGCGCAACAAACUCAGCCAACACAAAAUCCUCCAGCACAACCCAAACCUCCGGUCACGCCUCCUCCACCGACGCCUCCUCCUCCACCACCUCCUCCCCCACCGCAAGCGACACCCCCAGCACCACCGCCCCCUCCGCCGAUGCCCCCUCCUCCACCGACGCCGCCGCCGCCAAAUCCUCCAACGCCGGACCCAUCGCCGGCGGCGUCGUAGGCGGCAUCGUAGCACUCGCCCUCAUCGCAUUCCUAGUCUGGUUCCUGCGCCGACGCAAGGCACGAUCAUACGCCACUGCGGCACCCGCGAGUCCAUCGGGGCCGUACCAAGCUGUUGAGGGGCAGGGGCCGGAGAAGGGUGUGCCGCUUGCGGAUAUGGGGACGGGCGCGGCGGAGCAGAAGGGCGAGGGGGGGUUGAGCGAGUUACCGGGGAAGGAGAGGGGGGCGGAGGGGGCGGCGGAGAUGUAUUCACCUGGGACGCCUGGGACGCCGGGGCAGGCGGCGGCUGCGGAGUUGUAUUCCCCUGUUGUGGCGACGACGGCGGAGUUGCAUGGGGUGGAGAGGGGGCCGGGGGAGUUGCCGGCGUGGGAUGGGAGGGAGGCGGGGGCGGGGCAGGUGAGAGCGGGGGAUAGGGGGGGGCCGGUGGAGCUGCCGUGA